CUUGAUUUGGGGACAAUAACAACCCCAACUGGGAGGCCGUACUGCGUGCUUCGUGCCUGAUGGGCGGGUGCGAAGCCACUGCAUCAAUAGCGACCAGCCCCGGGCUGACGGCUGACUACUACCGCCCGCCAUCCCGGCAGCGUGGCUUCAGGUACAGCCGCCGCAGAAACGGGAUCUACCAAAAGCAAGCCCGAGUCGCAGCGCCAGGCAAGAGAUGAUGAAUGACGAUGUUGCGGAUACGGAUUGCUGAUGCUAAUGAAGAUGGAUCGGGAUGGAUCCCCCGCCGACCAGGGUAUCGUCUGUAUCUGGUCCAACCGUCCAUUCCAGGACCUCGUUCCACAUCCAGAGGCAAUGCCAAGUGAGUUACGGAUUCCACUGCCAAGUAGGGAAGGGUACCGAGUUCUUCAAGUUACUUAUCUCUUCUCUGGUCGUUUACGGAGUGCUCAUCGGGCCUCACUUUGCAUGCAAAAAGAAAGCCCUCGUUCAGCCGCAAAGCCCUAUUGUCAUCAGCUUCAUCAGCCCUCAUCAGCCCUCGUCAGCCCCGACCUCACCCGUCCAAGCAAUGCGCAGCCCAUUACACACUACUAUGUAGGACAGACAGUCAUCGUAAACAUUGCCUCCUCGUCCUCUGGGUCAAUCCCACUCAUCCCCACCGUUGCCAUCGCCCAUUUCGCGUUCCACCCGCUGACGCAUCCAAUCACCACCGAAGCCCCCAGUCUAUUUGCUGCUCAGCCACGGGGCACCGAACGGACUGACCCGCCAGGGGAGGGGACUCUAGUCGGGGCCUUGGCGACAGCCCUUUUCUGCAACAGAGAGACGCGUUCUGG